UUUGGCCGGCACAACGCGGCCCCCUCCUGGGCGCAGCCAGCCCAGGCCUCCUCGGACGGCAAGAGACAGCACCCCAAGGGACCUCCCUUGCCUCCCGCUCGCAGCGACAGCUAUGCAGCCAUCAGGCAUCACGAGAGGCCCGGCUCCUGCGCCGGCCUUGAUCUGAACAAGCCCGGUCGAACCCAGCCAAAAGGGGCCUGGUCCCCUCUUGUCGGCACCCUACCCCAGGGGCCGCUGCUGAAAGCCCCCUUUGGAGAAGGGCACCUGCACACAGUGGUGGAGAAGAGUCCAGAGAGCAGCACCAUGGUGAAGCCCAAGCAGAGCUAUCCCCAGCCAGCCCAGCCAGGGCAGCCCCUGCUGCCCACUGGUGUCUACCCAGUACCUUCCCCCGAGCCACACUUCGCCCAGGUACCCCAGCCCUCUGCAGGCAGCAAUGGGACGCUUUAUCCAGCUCUGGCCAAAGAAAGUGGCUACUCUCCGCCUCUUCCGUUCUCCUACGACAAGGCCAUAGCCAGCAGCACCCUGGGCUUUGAGGAGAAUGGAAACCAAAGCACUACAAACAGACCAACCGUCUUCUACCAGCUCCCAGCAGCUGAGAGAAAGCACGAUGCCGCAGCAAAACUUCUCCAGCAGAAACCUCCUACUGUGGCAGGCCCAGAAGCCGCCCCAGCCACGCCAGGAAGGGAGGAGUUGUUACCCCCCUACAAGGUAGCGCACAGCAACCGAGAGACCGUGAGUGCUGCACAGGCCUCCAAACACACUUUUCAAGCUCCACAGCCCCAGCUGAGGGAUACUAGUGAGAGAAAAACCCAUCACCAGCCCAAAGAGGACUGGCCAGCUGAAGCUCAGGAGGACAAAAAUGGCAAUGCACAGAUGAACGAGAGAGAUGCUGCUGCUCACCACCAGUGGGGUCACAGCAAGGCCAUGCACUAUGGCUUCUCCUCCUUACAGAACAUCCCAGAGAGUUCCAGGAAGCAAAGCAGCUCUGAGCUAAGAGACCUGCAACCAGGUGAGGGUUAUGCCAGCACCAAACUGUCCUUCUUGAACAGCAGCAGUAAAGAGGAGAAGGAUCACAGGGGACAGGGGCACAAACAGUGGAGUGAUGUGGACCUACAGGCCUUUGCGAGGCAGGAGGAGGAGGAGGGCACGAGCGUGACUCCGUUCCGAGCUGCCAAGCCAAAGUGUGAAGAGCCCCUUUCUCCGCAGCACCCAAAGGCCUCUGAUUUCGGAAGGAGCCGGCUCAGCUCUAGCAGCACCCAAAGCUUUCUCUACAGCAAACCGGAUGCUGGGAAGCCUCGCUGCCUGGUGCUGGAGAAGGUCAACAAGUUUGAGCAGAACACUCACCAGCCGCAGAAUGCUGGCGCUCCCAGCUUCGGCCAGCACUACGGGCCAAGCAGGACGGGCCAGCCCUCCAGCACCAGGUGCUCUCUGCACAGCCUGGAGGACAUGAGGAGCAAGCUCCGCGAGGCCAGACAGCUGCCCAGCGAGCCAGGCAAGGUCUCCAGCCCCUCCAUCAGGAACGGGAAGCUGGAAGAGGCUGACUGGCACCCCAUAGAGCUGCAGAUGGUGGCUUCAGUGAAGCAGGUAAGACCCAGCGAAUACUACAGCCUGUGUCCCGAAAGUGAGGUGCAAAUAAGGGUGGCUCAGCUCCCAAGGAGUAAAAGCACGUUCCAGCUGAGAGGCGAGCCUGAGAAGGAGAUCCUCUGGCAGGACAGCAUCCAGGAUGCCCAUGGGUCGCAGCUGGACACACCAUUUAACAGGGCCUACAGGAACAGCAUUAAAGAUGCUCAGUCCAGGGUGCUGAGAGCCACUUCCUUCCGUCGCAUCAGCCCCCCGUUUGGGAGCACGUCCAAGAGGACUACCCAGAGGCCUGCCUCGGCCCACGUGGGCAUGAGGAGCACGGCGGCGUCUCCCCACACCCCGAAGGAGAGGCACAGCAUCACGCCCACGGAAGGCAGCCUCUCCGCCCUGGACUACGCCAAGGCACAGCACGUCGCACGCGUCGGGGGCCGGAAGCGGCUGACGGCGGAGCAGAAGAAGAGGUCUUACUCGGAGCCGGAGAAGAUGAACGAGGUGGGUGUCUCUGAUGGGGAGCCAUCGCCUUUCUCCUUCCAGAAGAAGAGCAUCCAUUUUGUCUUCCCGGAGAAUACGGUGGCAGACCGGCGCAAGAUAUUCGAAAGGGAUGGCAAAGCUUCUUCCACAGCCAGCCUCUCCAAGCCAGAGCUCAAGCAGCUCCAGCAGAACGCCCUUGCUGACUACAUCGAGCGCAAAACGGGGCGACGGCCGUCCUCGCAGGAUGUCGGGCUGCUGCGGGAGCGCUCCCACAGCUCCUUCCUCCAGGCGGGUGGCCCAGACAGCCAGAGCCUUUCCUCUGCCUCCAGCAUGAAUUCCCUCCAGGACCAGAACCUUUACCACCGGAGAGAGUCCAUCGAGCGGAUAUCCAGGAUGGGGCAGGUAUCUUCUACCCUUCCUGCUGAGCUGACGGGGUACUUCAACGGGAGUGGUGAUGAGAAGAAGACAGGGCGCCUGGACAGCUCGGUCACAAGCCGAGCGAGAACGGAGAGGUGCUGGGAUUACAGAGCCAAAACGGAGCUCACUAAAGGCACGCAGACGGACCCUCUGGGCGUGCAGGGCCAGGCUCGCUACAGGAAGCAGGAGCAAGUCUUUGGAAUACCCUCCUCCACUGCCAGGAAAUCUGGGAAGUCGGUGUCUGUGGAAGAUCUGCUCGAUAGGUACGACAAUCAGGCGGUCCCUGUGCACAUACGUUCCAGGUCGUCUCCCACGGCGGAUAAGAAACACCAGGACCUGCUGAGAAGGGAAAGCAAUGAAUUUGGCCCUGUGGUGAGAGAUCCUUUCUAUGUGGUCAGUGCAGGAUCCAGGUCUUUCAGCAAGAAAGAAAGAAGCCACUCAGAAAAAAUGGCGUUCCCAAGUUACUGUCCCCAUCCUCACCACAGCAGCGAGGCUGUCACUGGGUCCACCGUGCUGACCGAGAACCACAAGCUCUCAGAACUUUCCAGGCCAGAUAGCAGGACUUCUGCCUUUGUCCCAUCCCCAACAGAGGCAAGGAGUCACUAUCCCGAGCAAAAGCAAGGCUUUAAACCCUUACUCCUUAACCUUAAUCCUUCUGGAUCUGGCCAGUCCUCCCCUAAUACACCCACCCAGACUCCCUCAGACUUCGAGAGUGCAGGUGAUGGCCAGGCUCUGAGACAGCACCAUGCCAAACGAGAUACUGUUCCUGCUGAGGGCAAUGUUAGUAUUCAGGCACAGUUUUCGGAUGCUGUCCAGGAUAGAUCCCCCGAGACUCUCACGGAAGAAAUGAUGUGGAGAAGGAAAGCUGGGCUGCCUCACAGAUCCUUCCCACCCAAAGUGCUGUGGGCUCAUUCCGUCAAAGACAACAGCUACUCGAGGGCUAUGGUGUCUCCUCCAGCAGCCACGCCAAAGUUCUCCCAGAGGUGGCAGUCCCUGCCGACACAGAGCAGCACUUCUUCUGACCCCGAGACUCCUUCUCCCCAGGGGACGACGCAUCUGCGGAUCUCAGAGUCUGUCCUGCAGCUCACGCCCCCGCCUGUGCUGCAGGACGAUGAAGACGACGAGGUGUUCAUCACGCCUUCCCAACCCCCACUGCCAUCCCAUCCUCUCCCUGAGCUGAGCUCUUGCACUUCUGCAAAUGGCACAGAGGAAUUCCCACCUCCUCCCCCAGCGCUGGCCCUUGAGGGGAACGGGGCAGCUGGAGACAAAUCCCCCAGGCUCACAGGGGCGGCCGAAGCGAGCUUCAGAAGCAUUCCCAAAGCCCUGGCCGAGAGGGAGAUAACAGGGUUGGGCACCAACCUUAGUGAAAAUAAUUGGCCCCUCUCACCACCCGCAUCAAAGAGGACUAGCUCUCCAUCUGCUGUGGAUAAGCAGCACCUAUUACCUGCUUCAGAAGACCCUCAAAGUGCUGAUAGACAGCCCAUAACUCAUCCUGAAGGUAACCACAGAGAGCCAGCAGUUGUCACUGGGGAGUCGAAAAACAGCAGCCUGGACUCUGGGAUACUCAGCACGGCAGCUCCAGCGAAGAUGAAGACCCCAGAGGAUAUUAAGUCAGAGGCUCUAGCAAAAGAAAUUGUCCAUAAAGACAAGUCUCUGGCUGAUAUCCUGGAUCCAGAUUCCAAAAUGAAGACAACCAUGGACUUAAUGGAAGGGAUUUUCCCCAGUGGAACCAGCUUGCUGAAGGAGAACAUGAAUAGGAAGAUGUCGCAGAAGAAAGCCAGCAGGACAGCAGUCAAAGAUGACAUGAGAGAAGACAAGGAAACUCCUGUAACCCUGGUCGCCUGUCCUGCUUAUUACAACGUUUCAGCACCCAAAGCAGAGCUGCUAAAUAAAAUCAAGGACUUGCCAGAAGAAGUAGGGGAUGAAGAGGAGCUGCUGGACAUCAAUGAGAAGAAGGCUGAGCUCAUCGGGAGCUUGACCCACAAACUGGAAAUCCUGAAGGAAGCCAAGGAGGGCCUGCUCGAAGACAUCAAGAUGAACAAUGCCCUUGGAGAGGAGGUGGAGCUGUUGAUCAGCAAGCUGUGCAAACCUAACGAGUUUGACAAGUACAAGAUGUUCAUUGGCGAUUUGGAUAAGGUGGUGAACCUCUUGCUCUCCCUCUCAGGACGCCUGGCCCGUGUAGAGAACGUUCUGAGUAGUCUGGGGGAAGAUGCCAACAGUGAGGAGCGGAGUUCGCUGAACGAGAAGAGGAAACUGCUGGCUGGCCAGCACGAAGAUGCCCGGGAACUGAAGGAAAACCUUGACCGUCGAGAACGGGUGGUCUUGGAGAUCCUGGGCAACUACCUCUCUGAGGAACAGCUCCAGGAUUACCAGCACUUUGUAAAGAUGAAGUCCGCGCUCCUCAUAGAGCAGCGGGAGCUAGAUGAUAAAAUCAAACUGGGUCAGGAGCAGCUCAAGUGCCUGAUGGAAAGCCUCCCCACAGACUUCAUGCCCAGGGAUGCAACAGCAGCAGCUGUCCUCGCUGCAGCACUUGCUACCUCCGCCGGCAUCGGUGGUAAAACACCUCCAGUGGUCUCUUCCUCACUGUGACCUUUCCCAGGGGGACCUGGGAUACAGUCCUCCUGAGAGAGUCUGUUUAAUCCAAGUACUUGGCAGAUGGUUCUCUACAAAGACAAUGAAUGGAGACAGGUUUAAAACAAGAUUUCAAUGAAGGAAAAAAAUAGCAAUAAUAAAGGUUUUACUUUCCUUCCACUUCUGCUUCCUGGAAACUUAAAUCAAUGUGGAGGGAAAUCUCCUGCCAGAGAUGAGGAAGAGUCUGACAAGAAUUAAACACGUUACCUUUAAUUAAAAAAGUGACCUCCUCUCUUCCCUCCCUUCCCUGCCAACUUGGCACCUCAUUAAAUAAUGAAGGAUCUAAAAGAAUGAAGCCUUAAAAAUAAAACCAACCCAUUCUACUGAACAUUAUUGAUAUUUAUAUUUUUUAAAGAAGACAGAAUGUGUAAGUUUUUGUACAUACUCUAAUCAGUUACUUGAUUCUACUUUGUUCUGUAUGUAGAAAAGACUUUUAAUUUUGUAUUUUGUGAAAACCUUAACAAAAAGAGGGAACCCCAAAGAUAGUCAUGCAUUAGCUUGGAACAUCUCUUCAUGGUUCUGUUGCUGUUGUUGUUUUUUAAUAUAAUAAAGGGCUACCAGAAG